AGUUUCUCGGAGCGUCAAUUUCAGGCGGUGAUAGUGAGCCUGCGACGUCAACCUGGUUCCAUCGAUUCCCGGCUGGAACAUUCGUUUUAACAAACCGAGCAAACCGGAUAGGACACAUCACUAUCGUUGCCAGAAGUUUCUCGGAGCGUCAAUUUCAGGCGGUGAUAGUGAGCCUGCGACGUCAACCUGAUUCCAACGAUUCCCGGCUGGAACAUUUGUUUUGGCAAACCGGAUAGGACUCCCGUUGGCAGAAGUUUCUCGGAGCGUCAAUUUCAGGCGGUGACAGUGGGCCUGCUACGUCAGCCUGAUUCCAUCAAUUCCCGGAAGAUUUGUUUUGGCAAACCGGAUAGGACGCAUCCGUUGGCGGAAGCUUUUUCUGGCGAUUAGCGACUAUAUUAUUAUCGGUAGCUUGGCCGGUUACUCAACCGUGUCUAGUUUCUGAGCAAGAGUGUUGCAAACGAAAUGGAAAAUCUCGAGAAAAAGCUGGACGCUGAAAGCUUCCAAAAACUGACAGCGAAUAAGAUAAACAACGAAUCAUUGGUGCAUUUAGACGACGAGGAUCUAAUUGAAAUGGGGAUUGCUGAGAAAGGUCCACGGAAAUUGAUUUUAUCUGUCAUUGCAAUGAGGCAAGAUUCAGGUGAAUGCAGUACGAGCGAGAAUAUCCCAGUUAACUUCCAAAAUGUGGAUCACACUGAAGAGACUAUUCGUUCCAUUCUUGCAAAAGAACCUAAAUUCAUUAAGAUACUUACUCGCCAGCUUGACAACGAAAUCAUACCGGACAGUAAAGGAUUACUACAUAUGAAUCGUAUUUUAACAAAUCACUAUUUCGAGCACAGAAUCCUUCAAGAGCACAGAUAUCCAUCGUGGCAAGAAAAACAGAAAUUAGCCGAGAGAAUUAUCGAAGCGUUUCCACAUCUGGAGAAAACUAGGGUUAGCGCUGACGCACCGAAGGAGUCAUUCUUUUUCUGGAAAAAUGGAGGCAAAGGACGAGGCCAGCAUGCAGGGAUAAUUGAAACACGAGUGGCUAACAUGAGGAAGGAUAUUCCUACAAAUGAACGUUUAUUCCAGAGAGCUAAGAAGUUGAAAACUGUGCUGCCUGAAGGUAUUCGUGAAAAGGCAGCAAAACUCGCAGCUUUAACUGGAAAUGCGCUGAAUGGAAAAGUGAUUUCAGAUGGGAUGGCGCAGUGCUUUUUACUUCAUCAGGAUAUUCUACAAUCUGGUGGAGAUAACAUGAUCCAGGAAAUUAUAACAACAUUUCCACAUUUGCUCGGGUUCGAUGGAGUAAUGAUUCAACAAACCUACGAACGUCUGCACACGAAUUACAACACGGAAGCUAAUAUGGAAGAGUUCUUGUCGGUUGGACUACUUAUGCAUCAAGGCGGAUGGAAUAUUGUGACCGACAAGCAUAUUCGAGGGGCACUGAGGAUCAUAAAAAGACUUACAAGCCGCGGCAUAAAGCGAACAUCAAAUGUUCAAUCAGCAACUAUGGAGGAAAUCACCGCGGCGCCUUUGAUCAAAUGGAUGAAACCGGAUCCAGAAAAAAACAACCUACAAGUGGUCCAAGUCGCUAACAUCAGCAUGGAAGACAGAUCUCCGCAUAUUAUCUGUGUUGCAGAGCCAUGUAAGGAAGGACAAUUUGUCAUUGUUUUUGCCAGCAAUACUAUCUCCUGCGACCGAUCAUCUUCGAUGGCCAUUGACUUUGUUUUAGUCAACGACGAUCUUGCUGCUGACCCAGAGGUAAAAAGAUUUUAA